AGCCUCAAACAAAGCUCUGCUGAGUGGCUGUAACCUUUCAGAGAGAAGCUGUGAAGCUCUGUCCUCAGUUCUCAGCUCUCAGUCCUCCAGUAUGCAAGAGCUGGACCUGAGUAAUAACAAUCUACAGGAUGCAGGAGUGAAUAUUUUGUGUGCUGGAGUGAAGAGUCCACACUGUAAACUGGAAAUUCUCAGACUCUGUGGCUGUAACCUGUCAGAGAGAAGCUGUGAAGCUCUGUCCUCAAUUCUCAGCUCUCCGUCCUCAAACCUGAGAGAGCUGGAUCUGAAUAAUAAUGGCCUCAAGGAAUCAGGAGUGAAUCUUCUGUCUGCUGGAGUGGAAAGCCCACACUGUAAAUUGGGAAUUCUAAGAGAUUGUGACGUCAUUCCAUUAAAUCCGCAAAGGAUCCUGGGAAGGAGUGGCAAGCGGAACUACAGCACGCAGGCAUUCACAUGAUCAUCAUCAUCA